AUUGAAAUCAAAGCGUGUCGCCGAACAGUUUUAUCAAACUCACUUCAUGAAAUAAAAAUAUUUUUAAACUCCAUCAUGCUGCUGCCAGGCAAAUUCAGCCCAAAAACAUGGCUUUUCGUGACGAUAUUGGUAUCUACGAUCAUUGCAUACAGUGAAUCUUCAGCAGGAAAAACGCAUUCUGCUGAAUAUAAUCCUAGAGCCGUAGACGAGAACAGCAGUAGCGACAGUAAUAGCAGCAGCGGUAGUAGUAAAAAGAAAACAAGUCCAAGGGCGGAAUCCAGUGGAAGUGUUGAAAAAGGACGGUCUAAAAAAGAAGAAGCCAAAGAACCAGCUAAAGCACCCAAGUCUAGCAACAGUGACGACGAUGAUGACGAGAAAAAUUCCGGAUCCCGAGAAGAAAAAGUAAGAAGUACGAGAGGUCUAAAAGCUGGUGAUUUUGAGCCAGAAGAAGAAAAUCCCAAAAUACACGCAAGAUACAAGAAGAAUUCAGAGUCAGCAAAUAGUGAUGACAAGUCAGGUGAACGUCGUCGCUACAGACGAAGUAUUGAUAGAUUUGAUGACAACGAAGGCGCGUAUGUUUAGCAGCUGUGUAAAGAUAUCAAUAAAGUA